AUGGGUAGCGAAACGAAAGUCUCCCCAUCACUCCAAACAUCAAAGACGUCCCUCCGCCCCUUCAUGCCACAUCCCACAUGCUCCGAUCGCGAAGUCACAAACAGUGGGAUGAAUUACAUACAUCUCACUCAAACGCUGGUUGAUUCUUUCAACGCCCUCGCCGAUGAAGUCCAGAUCCUGACCGACAGGAAGACGAUCCUGGAGCACAAGCUCAGGUUCGCUCACGAACAGUGCCUUCAGUACCAAUACCUCGCCGACAAACAUGCACCUGCUGCUCCCGAGAUUUCAGAAGUACUGGCAAAGCUACAGCUGCCUCCCGAACUAGCAAAUCCAUCUCUUGAAGAAGCUUCCCAAGCAGUCCCUCUCCCGAAGCGCAAUAAGCUGGAUACCCGGAACCAAAUCGCACUCAUCAUCCGAGACGGCCGGCGCGUCGCCCAACAACUGUCGUCCGUCGGCGAAACGAGCAAGACGAGCGACUCUAGCAGACAGACCUCUUCUCGUGAAGCCGAAACCGGAACCUCCAUGUCGACUGUGCUCGAGCAGGACUUUACAAUCGAGGGCAAGAAGGGACACUUGGAAUGUCCUUUCUCCGCACCAAAGACGGCGGAGGUGGAUGGCGCCGUCGAGGGUGAUGCGCAAAGCGCGGAAAACGGGUCGCAGGACCCCACGCCACAUCACUCCGCCGACCCCAUUUGCGCUGCUAUGCUCGAAGAAUCCACGUCUCAGGCGGCUGCCAACGGCGGCUCGCCCGCGAAAUGCCCGAUCCGUUACCUCGAUCAACACUCCCCCGAAGAGAUUGCGCACUACGUCGAAACACACAAGCACGAACUGCCUCGCAGCCAUGAGGUCUGCGUGAGGAGAUAUCAGAAGAACGAAGUGCAGAUCAAGAAGCUCGAUGCAAAGUACGGCAACCUGGUGAACAUGAUACAAGGACUUAGUGCGCUGCACCAGCCCAUGCUGCCAUCGUCUCAGCAGGAGCAAGAAGAGAUUGAUCGGGCAUCGAAUGAGAGGGUUGAGAACUGGGCAAAGGCCGUCACUGCUACCGCCACUGACGAUGCCGAACAGUCGCUGCCGGCGCUGGAGGAUGCCGAGGAGGCGCGGCAGAGUCACUUCGAUCGGCCCCUGAAGGAGGUUCGGGUAGGCGAGUCACCUAGCCGACCGUGGGGCAUCUCGGUUCCAGUGUACGAGCGCAACGGCCUGGAUGACGACGAACGCCCUCCCAUGUCGCCGCCACCUGCUCCCGUCUUCAUGCCAUCUGGCACAGACGUCGAGGACACACCGGAGGACACCCCGGCGAAGACUGGCAAGUGUCCCUUUGACCACACAAAGAUGGCGGCAAUGGCCGCGCCCCGUGAAGACCCCGGACCCGUCUCACCACCGCCGGCGCCCAUGUUCAUGCCCAACGGAACGAGCGACCACGCCGGGUCUGCCCCAAAGACCGGAGGUAAAUGCCCGUUCGACCAUGCUCAGCUGGCCGCCAUGGGCUUCACCUCUCCAACGCCCAACACCGGCGAGCAGACCUUCGUGCACCCGGAGCCUGAGCCAGACCCGGUGGAACUCCCUUCAACACCGGUCAAGCCCCAGCCCCAGACUUCACACAGUCCUCCGCCGCCUCAGCCAGCCUUCAUCAACCCGCCUCUAGACGCAUACAAGCAACCCCUCGCUGGCGGCGUCCCUCAGAUGGUGUUCACAGGACCUGUCUUCAUCGGUUACCCUAUUGAGCAAGCGAUACAAUUCAUGCAGCAUUUUCAGGGACGGCAAUAA